GCCGAGCCGCACGAGGAGCAGUGCCUGAGCGCCUUCACCGUCCACUUCUCCGGCCAGUUCACCGGCACGGCCGGAGCCUGUCGCUACGGACCCUUUGGUCCUCCCCCGCCCAGCCAGGCGUCCUCGGGCCAGGCCAGGAUGUUCCCCAACGCGCCCUACCUGCCCAGCUGCCUGGAGAGCCAGCCCGCUAUUCGCAACCAAGGGUACAGCACGGUCACCUUCGACGGGACGCCCAGCUAUGGCCACACGCCCUCGCAUCAUGCCGCGCAGUUCCCUAACCAUUCCUUCAAGCACGAGGACCCCAUGGGCCAGCAGGGCUCGCUGGGCGAGGAGCAGUACUCUGUGCCGCCGCGGUCGCCCGCCUGCCAUACCCCCGCCGACAGCUGCACGGGCAGCCAGGCCUUGCUGCUCCGGACGCCCUACAGCAGUGACAACUUGUAUCAAAUGACUUCCCAGCUUGAAUGCAUGACCUGGAAUCAGAUGAACUUGGGAGCCACCUUAAAGGGCCACGGCACGGGGUACGAGAGCGAGAGCCACAGCACGCCCAUCCUCUGCGGUGCCCAGUACAGAAUCCACACCCAUGGCGUCUUCAGGGGCAUCCAGGACGUGCGGCGUGUGCCUGGGGUGGCCCCGACCCUCGUCCGGUCCGCCUCCGAGACCAGCGAGAAGCGCCCGUUCAUGUGUGCUUACCCGGGCUGCAAUAAGAGGUACUUCAAGCUGUCCCACCUACAGAUGCACAGCCGGAAGCACACUGGUGAGAAACCCUACCAGUGUGACUUCAAGGACUGUGAGCGAAGGUUUUCUCGUUCAGACCAGCUCAAAAGACACCAGAGGAGACACACAGGUGUGAAACCAUUCCAGUGUAAAACUUGUCAGCGCAAAUUCUCCCGCUCCGACCACCUGAAGACCCACACCAGGACUCAUACAGGUGAGAAGCCCUUCAGCUGUCGGUGGCCCAGCUGUCAGAAGAAGUUCGCCCGGUCUGACGAGUUGGUCCGCCAUCACAACAUGCACCAGAGGAACAUGACGAAACUCCAGCUGGCGCUCUGAGGGGUCCUGUCUGGACAGCGCUGAGUCCCAGGCAACGGCGUAAGGCCCACUCGCACGUCUGACUGUCACGCUCCUCACCCAGCCCUCGAAGGAGCCGUCCGUUGACCGUCUCAGCCAGCUUCCGGGACGAGCGACCUGCACUGUGGACCCUGCCGGGUUUGCCCGGAGGAGCCGGCCCUGCUCUGCAGGUGACCUGGGCCCUGGAGAAAGUGGCUCACGGGGUCCGGUCAGUUCAAAGCCCUCCACUGUUUGGUCUGGGUUUUCCACUGUAAAGAACCAUCAUCAACCAUGUCUCCCACCUCCCUUCUCUACGCCCGUUUCCCCAGGAAUGGAGUUUUGUACCGUUUUCCGUCGUGGCAUAUUUAUAGGCCAGGGCAUGCGUAUGUGUCUGCUAAUGUAAACUUUGUCAUGGUUUCCAUUUACUAACCGCGACAGCGGGGAAUAAAUCAGAGCGAGGCACCAGGCGGGUCUCGCCCGACGCCGGAGGUCAGGCCGCCGCUCCCCCGAAGGCAGGAUGUAGACCCUCUAGGCCACUUUCAAAACUCAUGCAUUUGCAGCAGCCGGAGAAAGAUCCGGAACUAACCAGUCCCUCUGUGUAGAAAUCUAAGAGCCGUGCGGUUCAGUUAAUUCCGUGCUCUUAAGAGGCCACGUUUGAAGAUGUUUUUGUUUAUGUUUUUGACAUCUUUGAGUUGUACUCACAUGUCCCUUCCAAGACGCGCAUGGCCCCUCACGCAGAGGAAGUGGACGUUCAUUUUCAUCAUGUGGGGUGUCCUUAGGGUGUGCAGACCUCGCUGGUGAUGUGGCUUCAAGUUGUGAGAGAUCAAAGUGACCUGCAAAGAAAAUAGGGGCUGGCCCAGGAGCUCCACUGAUAGGCUGUUCCUAAGUCACUUAAGUGACUGGGUCUACAAGUGUAUGCAAUGAACAGUGAGACUUACCAGUGCGAGGACAUCCAUUGUUAAUGGUGGUCGUGUGUGUGUGUGUGUGUGUGUGUGUGUGUGUGUGUGUGCGUUUUGUUUUUUAAGGGAUGGAGUUUAUUUACUGUUGCUUGAAAUUAUUGUGUAAAUAUAUAUAUAUAGAUCUGAUCAUGAUUUGCUCUUUGACAGCUAAGUUAGGAAAUGUAUAGAUAUUAGAUGCAUCACUGUUUGGGUGUUGAUCCUGCAAUGUAUUGAUGAUAACACUAAAAAUGUAACCUGCAUUUUUCACUUUGCUCUCAAUUAAAGUCUGUUCAAAAGGACA